CAAGGUGUUUUGUCUUCAACAGGGUGGAUUUUUCAGCUAUUGGCCCCGUUCUGGGGUCACUCAAAAGGUUAAAAGAGGGGUUUACCCCGACAAGGAGAAGUGGCAAAGGUAUGCCGUGAAGUUGGUCGGCAGCUCCACAAGCCCAGUACACAUGUCUGCCACCCAAGCCACCGACAUCAGCCAGCUGGUCGCCAUGAUGUCCUCAUUCACCACCAGGGUCCUUACAAAGAUGGACCAGAUAGUUGAGGCCCAGCAAGACUUGAGGAGGCUGGUCAGCGCCAAUGUACAGGCAAGGGUUGCCGUGGACCCCCUCCCAAAAUCCUACCGGACAGAGGAUGAGCUUCAGGAACUUUGCCAGCGUCUCCUGACCGACCACCCAUAUCGGAGGCAAUUGGUAUCCUUCCUCUCCCUCGAUGGGACCACAACAUUGGGCAAGUCGGUGCGCCGCAUGUUGACCCGUAUGGGUUCCACAGACCUGUGGUCUGGCUACAGCAUGAGAGGGAGAAAGAAGAAAUCUUUCAGCGAGCUGCCCCUCAUGCAGGUUUUACAAAAGGCAUGCACCAACUGCCAUCCAGCCUGCAAAACGGUGGACGUGGAGAGAGAGGUGGCGGAAUUUCUCAAACAUGCCCCCUUUAAAAAGGGUGGUUCGGGCAAGGUGGGAACGACGCAAACGCAAGGCCAGGCAAGCAUCAACAGCAGCGACAUCAAUGGACCCAACACUCCAGGCGGCAGUCCGAUUGGCAGCAUUUUGCUUUUUUAGAUUUUCUAAA